AUGGAUGAUAACAAGAAGGACCUUCCAGCAUCGUCUGCUCGUGGAGAGGCAAGUCGGGUGUUCGACGAGCCACCGGGCAUACUGGGCGAACCCCUAGACCUGCCCGAUCCUAGGCUCAACCAGCUACACCAACCUCCUGCCUGCUCGAGUACUGUCGAUGUCCUCCAAUCCCAUCCAUUGCGACUCAACCCUUUCCGGGAUGAGAUUGUACCGCCACAGCCUACACAAGAUGACGCCUUGAGGGACCUUUUCGAUCUCAACUCUCAAGGAGUAGAGAUAGGAAGAACUGACCGGGCGCUGAUGCCACCCAUCACUCCGAGCCCCCAGAUGGUACCAGCACAACUUCCUUUGGAUCCUGACAGCCUUGACACACCACUAUCGCCGCGGACAACCAUGGAUCAAUCUUCGAUGCUCAGCACACAGGACACAGAGACGAAAAGUAGCUCGGACGAAGCGAUGGAUCUGGACCCGGAUGGAGAUACAGACGAAAGCGGAAAGUUCGUCGAGCAGCUGGAUUCAGGUGUUGCAAGCACCGCCCAAAGCCCAGACAAUAUGCCGCUUUCGCAGGGUCAUGGAAAUAUGCGAGGGAUUCAGGAAAUGAUGGAACAGUCAAUGGCAGCACCCUCAAAACCAUCGAUGGAUCUUAAGAGCGAAAGCCCUGGGCAGAUGCAAGUCGUUGGUCACCGGGAUAUGCCAAUAGGCACCCAAACUCAAGAACAAUCGAUAGCGACGGCUUCUCAACAAACGGGGGGCAUAGAAGUCAAUACUGCCGGGCAGUCACAAUCAUUGCACCAGAGUGAGAUGGCAAUGUACUAUCAGCUGCUUGGACAAUCGACAUCAGCGCCAAUGAGUCCGGCGGCGAACCACCACGGACAGCAGCAAGCACUAGGUCACCACAACAUGCAAACGGGCCGUCAACCUCUGGAACAGUCGAUGACGGCAUCUUCUCAGGCGUCGAUGGGUCCGUCUGGGGAUCUUUCCGGGCAGCACCAACCACGAGGUGGCAUUCGUGACUCGGUGCAGGGUGACCAGAGCAGUCUGGCUGGGGACAUCCAGCGCGAACGUUUAUUGGAGGCCUUAUUUUUAUCGGAGACCCAACGUUUGUCGGAGGUGCUUGCCAGGCGACCUGCUGCUCUUGAGCAGUAUUUUGGGGUUGCAAAUCGUGGUGGACAAACAGUCGCCGGGCAGUCUUCGGUGGCGGGUGGAGAAAGAAAUGUGCCCGGAGGAGUGCAGAACGAAAGGCUAUCACAGAUAUUCGCCAGACAGCAUUCGCAGGCGACGAGGCAGGGGCCUCCUCCACCCUUUCCGAUGGCUCAGGCAGUGGCACCAGGCCUAGCGAUGGCACCUCCUGCGCCAUCGACGAACGCUGUGCCUUUUGGACCGGCGUUAGGAUCCGCGCCUUCUGCAUCUCAGAAUAUGGCAACACCCGCAACCUCACAACCAAGCGCACAGUCAUCAUUAAACACAAUCGAUACCACGCUGCAACGAGCAGUCCAGCAACUCAACUCGAGCACCAAGCAGGUUCUCCCCAACGUCCCGGCGAGGACCACCGACGCCUGGAUUGUCCAACACCACAUCGACAUCAACACCGCGGAUCCGCGCUCGUUUCAUGCCAUGUGGAUCGGCCAGGCGUAUUCGUUUGACGCGGCGGUGGAGAAGAUGAAGGACUGCUUGCAUGUUGAUCCGCCGCUUGCGGGUGACCUUGAGCAGUUCAAGCGCGAAACGCCGCUGAAGAGGAUCACGGAUCCUAGGGGCGAGGGGUUGGGGAUGGGGUAUAUGUUCUUGGGAGCUGAGAGUGGGAGGAUGAGGAGGAUUUGGACGAGGCCUUGGAGUGGGUGA